AUGCUGAUAAAUGGAGUGAUGUACCUAUCGGAAUGGUUUCAGUGGACGUGUGAAGACGAGAAAGAACGGGUCAUGCAGAUGCAGCUCAACAUUCGCUUAAUUGUUUUGAUAGCCAGCGUGAUUGUUAUGGUCAGAUGCUGGAAAGAGGACGAUGAAGAAAUUCCGCUUGGUUUGCAAGUGGCCGACAGACGAAACGCUUACGAUUUUCGAUUACCCUAUUAUUUGAAUCCUGAGGUUAGCGAUGAUUAA